ACGUCCCGUUCAUGUAACUGCACAAGUUUAAAGUUUAACUAUUAACCUAAAUAUACGUUCAAACGGUGUUUGCAAGGGUUGCUGUCUUUUUAAGCGGCUGAGGUGUAAGUCGGAUUACAGAGUUGCUGUUCGAUAAACUGAACAAACCGAGAAAGUUUGCGUAAAGUACAGUAAGGGUCCGAGAAGUAUUUUUGUGUCAUGGAGCUGGUGAUCCGCCGCUACCGUCCCUCAGACAAGGACACGGUGCGGCGCCUGUUCAGCAACGGCAUCAGGGAGCACAUCGGCCCAUGUUUUCAGAAUGCCAUGACUAGCCCUCUCCACCUCACUAUUAUCCUGUCUCUGGGUGUGGUUGGCUACCUCCUGGGCUCUUUGUUUACAGCUCUGUUGCUGUCAGCAGCCUGGGUGGGACUCAUCUACUGCUGCUCCUACGACCUAUUCGCCAGGUAUGUCUCAGCGAAACUGAAGACAGACAUGCAGGACAUCGAUGGGAGCUACCUGAGCAGACCAGAUGACUGCUUUUGGGUGGCAGAGGCUGAGGUCGACGGGGCAAAGCAGGUCAUCGGUAUGGUGGCUGUAUUGUGUAUAGAAAGUGGGAAUGAGAAGCAUGGGGAAUUGUUCAGAAUGAGCAUCUCGCCAAAGUCCAGGCGGAUGGGACUGGGCCGUAGGUUGACUCAGACUGUGAUUGAUUUCUGUAAGGAGCGAGGCUUCUCCAAGGUGGUGCUAGAGACCACCUCCACCCAGAUGGCUGCUGUGGAUCUGUACAAAAAACUGGGGUUCAAACUUGUCCUCACACACACAGAGGCAUACUCUCCCUCCUGGGUGCUUGCGUUGGUCCAAGUCACCAUUUUAAAAAUGGAAAAACUUUUGUGAAGCUACAGUUUAGGGUUUGCCUCUGUGUCUUACUUUGCACCUCCUAAAGAAAAGCCUGUCUUAUAAGUGGUAGCUUUUCCACUGACAUGGGGACCAAAAGUAUUUAACUCUGAUUACGAUGCAUUCACCAUCAUGACGUUUGGUUGUCUCCAACUUAUUAAAAGUAGUUCUAAUUUCUUGUUUACACUUGUUAAAUGUUUGAUGCAUGACAUUUUAACAGUUUACUUCACUCCACCUAUUGAAUAUUAUUGAGUGUGUUAUUAAUCUGACCUGUUUCCACUAACUGUUUUUAUAACAACCAAUUUUGUUCUCCUGACAAAAAGUCUGCACUAAAUCUGAAAUAAAGAUUAUUUUUUUCUAAUA